GACGUUUCUCCUCAGUAAUGACCAUAACCCCACAUGAUAUCCCGCUGUACACUCGCAGAUAAUCACAUUUUCAUCCGGCUACAUAAGCCCGCCCCUGGUACAUGCAGGUCUCCAUGUGACUCUGGGGCUGAAACAAAAAUCCAGUAUGGCGGAAUCUGUCAGGAGAUGAAUUUGUUCUUGUCCCCCCUCUCCUACUAACCCUGUCCUCCUGAGAAAAAAAAACAUGGGAGAGAAAUAACAAACAAAAAAAACAAAGCAAAAAAAAAACACACAUGUUGGGACGACUGGCUUCCUCCUGACGCCUGUAGGUGAGCUGUUCGAUGGACGUGGAGCUGCUCCGCCUUUGAUGUUGGCUUUUUCAAGGCAAAAAGGGAUGCGACGCAAAGACAGGAUUCAUCAAAACAAUGUCCGGCUGAAGUUUCCACUUUCCGCCUCCUCGGCUCGGACGCACCGGUGUUGUUCCUCCACGUUGUCUCCUCUCCUCUCGUCUACUUCUGGGUUGCCAGACAACGAACUGGGUCUCUGAUUGGAGCAGCCAAAUCAAAAGCCUCAUGGGGAUUGGCUGCUGCUGCUGGAAGUUUGCUUCCUGUUUCCAGCCUUGAGGGAUUCUAGACGGACCGUCCUGAGGGUUGGAUCAACCUGAACACACAAACACUCAUUCAAACACACACACACAAACAGUUUUGGCAUGAUCAUAGCUUCCUGAUUGCCAUCUUGUAAAUCCAACCUGCUCCUGCACAAAGACACAUCUGUUCUGCAAACACACACACCAAGCCGGGCGCUCACCUACCUGUACGGCGUGGGCACCCACCUGACCGACCUGUCAGCGAUGACAUCACACAGCCACCAAGAGGGGAUCCUGGGGAAGGAGCAGCCGCUGGAGGUUCUGAAGACGUCGGCGCUCAACCACAUCCCAACAGUGGACAUCAACUCGGCGCUGCCCCUGCGUCUCCCUCCCGCCGCCAUCCCCAUGGACCUGCGCGUGGACCAUCAUCAUCACCAGCAACAGCAGCAGCAGCAGCAGGUGUCCUCGCUCUCCCCGUCCGGUCAGCAGUCGUCCGGCCCGGGGUUGCUGGGGGGAGGCGGUCAGGCCGGCGGGGGCGUCCGCGAGCAGCAGCUGCAGCAGGAGCUUCUGACCCUGAAGCAGAAGCAGCAGAUCCAGCGUCAGAUCCUCAUCGCCGAGUUCCAGCGGCAGCACGAGCAGCUGUCCCGCCAGCACGAGGUCCAGCUCCAGGAACAUAUUAAGCAGCAACAAGAGCUUCUGGCGUUGAAGCACCAGCAGGAGCUGCUGGAGCAUCAGAGGAAGAUGGAGAACCACCGUCUGGAGCAGGAGCUGGAGAAACAGCAGAGGGAGCAGAAACUGCUGCUGCUGAAGAACAAGGAGAGGGGACAGGAGAGUGCAGUGGCGAGCACUGAGGUGAAGAUGCGGCUCCAGGAGUUUGUACUGAACAAGAAGAAGGCCCUGGCCCAGCGAAGCCUCAACCAAGGAGGUCUCCAUAACGACGCUCCCUACUGGUACCGCAAAACCCAGCACAGCUCUCUGGACCAGAGCUCGCCCCCACAGACGGGUUUGUCCGCCUACAACCACCCUGUGCUGGGUGUCUACAACCCUCGGGAUGACUUCCCACUGCGAAAGACUGCCUCGGAGCCCAACCUGAAGCUGCGCUCCCGGCUGAAGCAGAAGGUGAGCGAGCGGAGGAGCAGUCCGCUGCUGCGACGUCGAGACAGCCCCAUCACCACCGCCAAGAAGCGCUCACUCGACAUGGCAGACUCAGCGUGUAGCAGCGCCCCAGGCUCGGGCCCAAGCUCCCCGAAUAACAGCUCCAACAACAUCCCCAAUGAGAACGGCAUCACUGUGUCACUCUGCAACAACUCGGAGGCGUCUCUGGCCCAGAGGCUGUGCGGCGGUGCUGAUCGUGGCUCCGUUAACCAGCUGUCCCUUUACACGUCGCCAUCCUUGCCCAACAUCACCCUGGGGCUGCCCGCCACUGCCACGGCCACUGCUGCUUCCAACGUGACUUCGGCGCAGCAGGAUGGAGGUCUGCAGCCGGCCCUCUCCCUCAGCCCUCCCUUCCUCUCCGGCGGACACUUGACCCCCUACCUGUCCGAGGCCGGAGCGGGAACGGGCGGGCACGGCGCCCACAGUCCACUGCUCCAACACAUGGUGCUGAUGGAGCAGAGCCCGGCACAGAGCCCCCUGGUGACAGGUGUGAGCGGCCUGUCUAUGUCGCCGGCGGCGUCCAUGGCCAAGCUGCAGCGGCAGCACCGGCCCCUGGGGCGGACCCAGUCGGCCCCUCUGCCCCAAGGGAGCGCGGCGCAGGCCCACGCCCAGGCCCUGGCCCUGCAGCAGCUGGUGGUCCAGCAGCAGCACCAGCAGUUCCUGGAGAAGCACAAGCAGCAGUUUCAGCAGCAGCAGCUCCACCUCAACAAGAUGAUGACCAAGCCCAGCGAGUCGCCCGUGGGCCGGCAGCACCAGAGCCACCCGGAGGAGACGGAGGAGGAGCUGAGGGAGCACCAGGACGGAGGUGGUCUGCCGCCGGGGGUCACCAUCAAGCAGGAGCCCCCCGACCCGCAGGAGCUGCAGGAGGAGGCGCUGCUGCAGCACAGGGAGCGGGAGCAGGAGAUGCUCUUCAGACAGCAGGCCCUGUUGUUGGAGCAGCAGCGGAUUCAUCAGCUGAGGAACUAUCAGGCCACCAUGGAGGCUGCCGGCCUGUCCAUCUCCUUCCCAGGACACCGGCCUCUGUCCAGGGCCCAAUCGUCUCCGGCCUCGGCCUCCUCCUUCCCGAUCAGCGUCCCGGCCCCCGAUCCUUCCAUCAAACCCCGCUUCACCACAGGCCUAGUGUACGACUCUCUAAUGCAGAAGCACCAGUGUAUGUGUGGAAACACCAACAGCCACCCGGAGCACGCAGGCCGCAUUCAGAGCAUUUGGUCUCGGCUUCAGGAGACCGGACUCAGAGCGCAGUGUGAGUGUAUCCGUGGGAGGAAGGCCACUCUGGAGGAGCUGCAGACGGUUCACUCUGAAGCCCACGUCCUGCUGUACGGAACCAACCCUCUCCGACAGAAACUUGAUUGUUCAGUCACUCCCAUGUUCGUACGUCUACCGUGUGGAGGGGUGGGGGUGGACAGCGAUACUAUUUGGAACGAGGUCCACUCCUCCAGCGCGGCUCGACUCGCCGUCGGCUCCGUGGUGGAGCUGGUUUUCAAAGUGGCUACUGGAGAGCUGAAGAAUGGUUUCGCUGUGGUCCGCCCUCCUGGACACCACGCAGAGGAGAGCACUCCCAUGGGCUUCUGCUACUUCAACUCCGUGGCCAUCGCAGCCAAACUGCUGCAGCAGAGACUCAGCGUCACCAAGAUCCUCAUCGUGGACUGGGACGUUCACCAUGGCAACGGCACCCAGCAAGCGUUCUACGAUGACCCCAAUGUCCUUUACCUGUCCAUUCAUCGCUAUGACGAUGGCAACUUUUUCCCUGGCAGUGGAGCACCUGAUGAGGUGGGCAGCGGGCCAGGAGUCGGGUUCAACGUCAACGUUGCCUUCACUGGAGGCCUCGAUCCACCCAUGGGAGACGUGGAGUACCUGGCUGCCUUCAGGUCAGUGGUGAUGCCCAUAGCCAACGACUUUGCCCCGGACAUCGUGCUGGUCUCGUCUGGCUUCGACGCUGUGGAGGGACACCCUCCCCCACUGGGCGGCUACACUUUGACGUCCAAAUGUUUUGGGUAUCUGACCAGGCAGCUGAUGACCCUCGCUGGAGGCCGGGUGGUCCUGGCUCUGGAGGGGGGUCACGACCUCACCGCCAUCUGCGACGCCUCCGAGGCCUGCGUGGCCGCCCUGCUAGGCCAAGAGCUGGACCCUCUGCCGAAGGCCGUCCUGGAGCAGAGGCCCAACCCCAACGCUGUUCGCUCUCUGGAGAAAGUCUUAGAGACUCACAGUAAGUACUGGCGCUCGGUGCAACUCUGCUCUCCGCUGCUGGGACUCUCUCUGCUGGAGGCCAAACGAGGAGACUCGGAGGAGGCCGAAGCCGUCAGCGCCAUGGCCUCUCUGUCCGUGGCCAACACCAACGCCAUGGAUCAAAGCAGGCCGGAGGAGGAACCCAUGGAAGAGGAGGAACCACUGUAACCGAGGGAAACACGAGGGUGUCACACUGUUACCAUUGACCUCUCCGGAGAAGAGUCUCGACUGAUUCCCUUCAUUUAGUCCCCCUAACCCCACUCACCACGUCAGUCACCUUGAUUGGCGUCCCCUCGGCCAAACAAAAAACGAGGGAGAGGGGGUGGGCUCAGCCUCAGAGUAGGGAGCCAAUCAGGAGACAGAGGACUGAAUUGGAAAAAAAUUUAAACAUAACAGCGCUGCUUGGCGGCACUCGCUCAGAGACACACUCAUUUUUUUCUGUUAGUCUUCGUAGCCCCACCGUUAGCCCCCAGCGGCUAACCACGUGACCCAGGCGGCGGAGAGGGGUGAGGGCGAGUGUGUUUGGAGUUGGGGGCGAGAUCAGGUCUCGUCGUAGGAAAAGGUGCGAUGAACUGCAGGAACAUACGGUGCUUUACACAGGCUGCCCUUUGACCUCAAGGACACCAGGGACAGCAGACGAUCCCAGCUGCCAAUCACAGCUCGGGAGUUUCUUUUUCUUGACAAUUUUUUUCUUCCUACGAAACAAAAAGGGCAUCGCAGCAACUGAGAUAAUAUUUUACACGAUGCGUUCACUGUGGACUUUGGUUGGCCGAAGUUUGAGUCGGCUUUUUACAAAGAUUUGACGACGAGACUGUCACCUCGCCGGAACCAGCCUGUCGUUGAAGGUUGACGAGUGAGAGGAGUGCCUUGGUGAGGGUCCGCUGGAUUUCAGGAUUGUUCAGGAAAAAGAUUGCCUUAAGUAAAAAAAAAAAAAAAAGAUUUCUCUCGCCGAGGAA